CGGCGGGGGGGGAGCGGGCACCACACGGGACACACCUCCGUAUAGCGCCGCCGGAUUGGGGAUAUCGGAGUCAUGUUUAUUCCGAAAGAGCUCAGACUGUGAGGAAAGGCUUGUCACCCGUGUAUGUGAAGUCCCAAUGGAGCCUCCUUGUCUUCAGCAUGUAUGAGGAAAAAUCUAAAGAUAGCAAUGUUACCCAAUUGUAGGAGCUCCAUCCAUGUCUCCAUUGUCUCCUUCACAACAUGAUUUCUGUACUUUUGAUGGUGUCAAAGGUCAACAUUGCCAGCUGGAUCCAACUUGGGGGUUGCCCACCAGGCGACCUCUGUCUCCAGCAUCCUCAUCAUUAUCAUGUAGAGAAUGACGUUUUCUGAUAGCAGAGACCCUUUACCCAUGUCUAAUAAAAAUAUGGAGGUCCACGUAUCUCGGGUGGCUCCUUUUGCCAAUAAUGGAGAAAUCUCACAGCUGCGUAAUGGAUCUGGAAGGAGGAGGUCACAUACUCAAGACAAUGAACCAGUUAUUCCGAGAAGUAAUUCUCUAAGCAGACCACAUUCACGGACAAGAAACUCUGCGGUUAUAACAAGUCAUUCUCAAGACAAGACCUUCAUAUCUGUAAGUGACAGCAAUCUCAGUUGUGGGGUGAUCCCGAAGGAGCUUCAGUCCCGUCUACUUGACCUGAAGGAUUAUAAGUCCAGGACCCGCGCCAUCGAGGAGCUGAAGUUUCUUAUCCAAGACUGCGACUUUAGUACAGUAUCUCAUUCUAACAUGGUUGGGUUUAUCAGCUUCUUGUGUACGCUGCUCGAUGACAAUAACUUCACGGUGGUCCUUGUCACCUUAGACGUUCUUAACUGCUUUGUUUUUAACCUUGGUCAGGGGGUUAAGGAGUUCCUCCAACCCAUUAUUUCUUCCACAGUGAAACUCCUAGGAGAUGGUAAGAUCACAGUAAAACAGGAAUAUAUGAAAAUCUAUAUGAGACUGAUGAAGGUGGCCGGACCCUACAAGGUGUUAACCGUGCUGCUCGAAAACCUAAAACACAAAAACUCCAGAGUAAGGGAGGAGGUGGUGAAUAUCUGUAUGGUGUCCUUGUUGACCUAUCCAAGCGAGGACUUUAAUUUACCGUUUCUAGCGUAUGAGAUCGCACCCUGUUUAAUCGAUAGCAAGAGGAGAGUCCGACACGCUGCCUUGGAAGCCUUUGCUGUCUUGGCGGCCUCUUUGGGCACUGGAAAAAGCAGCCUGUUUAAAGUGGUGGAUGAAGUAGAACUACAAGAAAAUGGAGAUGGGUUAAUGAAUGCUGUUCAGGCCAGGUUGGCUCGUAAGACCCUUCCUAGGAUCACCCCACAAGGUUUGGUGGAGUAUGCCCUUCCCUUCCCGUCUUCUGCACAGAUUAGAGGGACUUAUCUGCCUGGAGCAGACACUGACUGGCUCCUAACUGGGAAUCGGGUACAAAGCGGGCAUUAUCAAAGUGUCGAUCACGGUGGCAGAGGGGGGGUCCCCCACAUCGAACCUGUCGCUCGAAGAAUGUUAAGUGCUGGGAAAGGAAAAAAUAAGUUCCCUUGGGACAAUCAGGAUCCAGCAGUCUUGGAUGUGUUUCCAGGAACUCAGACCUCUGAACAGCUCUCCUCCACAUUUGAUGUCCAUCACACACCUAUUGUGAAGACCCCAACAGCUAAAACCAGGAAUUGUGUCCCCCAGUCUCCUGCCGAGUACAGUGUCCAGACUGAUACCCUACCUACGUUCUCUGGUAGGGAAGAGGCUCCAGUUCCACUGAAGGCUUCCAUUGUCCGGCUCCCAUCAGGGCAAAAAGACCUCAAUAAAUCCAAGCCUGUCCCCCCAAUCACUAAAGGAACAAAGUCAUUGCCGGAAAUCAGUUCAGUGUCUGGCAGCUACGUUUGGAGUAAUGCUAAACCCCUCGACAGGACUGGUGAAGAAGAGAGUCUCGUGCUCGACCUCCUGGAUUUAAGCCUAAGAGAUGAAGACGACCGUGAAGAGAUGGAAAGUUCGCUUAGAAACGUACGGAACAGCGCAGCCAGGAAGAGAGCCAAGAUGAGCGGCAGCCUGUCUGACCUGGAGAGUCCAGAUCUGAAUAUAGACUCUCCCUCCUCUACGUCUUCACCCAUUAGUGGUUGUUAUAGCGAGAGUGGGGUCUACAGCCGGGAGUCCCAGCAUUCACCUCUGUCGCCCACCCCACAACUAAAGAAAAUGUCUGACGUAACUUUGCUUUCAAAAUUACGGCCGACGAGAGUCUUUUCUGCCCGGAACAAAGAUGCUGCGAAGAAGGGAGAAGGUCUUCUCCAAGGAACCUCUGCCAGUGAUAAACCGGUGACCGUGAUUGGACAGCGAAUGAACUACAGGAAUGGCACUGUAGAUGCGGAGGAGAAUCUUUCUAAGGAGAUUUCCCCGGCCUUUACAAGACAUCAGCCUAAAGACGUGCAAAGGGCAACGAAACCUAUAAAAGGAAUCACCUCAUCAGCUUCUAAUUUCCAGCAACAUAACACGGACUAUGACAUGACCGGUCCCCUGUCGGAGGAUUCUGUAGCAGUCAUUGGAAAAGGGGUCUUUGAAACUCCUUCUCCGACCCUCCAGUCACACAGUCAGUCUUCCUUCUCUGUCCAAGAGGAUUCCAGUCCAGUAAAGCAGAACUAUCAGCCGCCUACAGGAGUCUAUGGCCGAGCCGUCCAGCAGAACAACCCCACCGCCGAGAUUGAUGGUAAAGUCACCAUGUCCAAAUCUGCUCGGGACAAGAUGAGGCAGAAGCGAGAGCAUAGCCUGAAAGAACUGGUGGAUGUCAAGGAUCCCGUCAGAAGAGAGAGGCUAUCCCAGACUGACCCAGGCCCUGCGGCCAAAGAAUCUUGGAGGCCACGGUCAGACUGUCCGGACAACAUAGAGAUUAGUCCUCCAGCCUUAAAAAGAACAUCCAGCUUGAAGAAAUCCUCAGCACAACGGAGUCCUCACCGAGAUCGAUCUUCUGUCAGUCGUAGCUCGGAUGUCAUUGACCCAUCGGUGCCCAGAGAAGUUCCCAGACCAGACUUGUCAAUCAUUGAAGUGUUCAAGUUGUUGUCUGAUGAUGACUGGGAGAAGAAGAUCGAGGGCCUGAACUUGAUGCGAUCACUUACCGUCUUCCAUUCAGAUGUUGUUCUUGAAAAACUUCAUGACAUUAAGAUUGCAGUGACACAAGAGGUGAAGAAUUUGCGUUCUACUGUUUCCCGGGCGGCGAUCGGCUGUUUAGGGGACAUGUUUACAUAUCUUAAGAAGAACAUGGACCACGAGCUGGACAACUGUGCCCGCGUACUUCUGCACAAGGCCGGAGAAUCAAAUAUUUUCUUACGGGAGGACGUGGACAAGGCUCUCGAUGCUAUGGUCCAAAAUGUGACGCCGGUCCGAGCCCUCACUGCCCUCAUAAAUGGAGGUCUUAGCCACUUGAACACUGCAGUCAAAAAAUGCACAGCGCAGCAUAUGUGUGAUCUGGUAGAGAGAAUGGGACCAGGCCGGAUUCUGUCUGGAGUAAAGGACAUCACAGAUAGGGCUCUACCUGCUAUCGCAAAGUUUGCUCAGGAUGGCUCACAGGAGACCAGGUACUUUGGAAGAAAGAUGUUGCACUAUCUAAUGUCUCAUCCAGAAUUUGACAAGUUGUUGGAAAAAUACAUCCCGGCCAAGGAUUUGCCUUACAUUAAAGACUUAAUAAAGCAUAUUCAAGUCAAGGGUGUAGGGGAGAUCCAGGAUACCCCAUCGGCUCGAGGCAGGAGAUCUUACCACGGCAGUGUCAGCAGCCUGAGAGCCUCCUCUGUCUCGCAGAACACUCACAAUACUCUCGACAGUGUGUUGCACAGAGACACAAAAUCAUAAUGAAAUGGGACGAUCAGUGAAUUGUUCAGAUAAGUGGCUCAGGUGACACGUGAGGGGACAUCACCUGCUGACGUCUGCGGAUCUGUCCUCACCAGUGACGCCUAUAACCUGGACCUUUUAUUAUGAUAGUAACCAGAAGAGUAUUAAAUCCCUUUGUAAUGUUACUUGUUACUACUUGAUAUUGUGACUAGUCGUUGUGAGGUCAGGCCGCUUCUCUUGUGUAGGAGCCACUCAGCUGGCACAGGUACAGAUUUGGGAAUUGUAUGGGUUUUCUUUUUGGUCAUGGAUUAUAUUUCUUCACCUAAAUCAAUUCUAUUAGAAAUGGGGAAAACGAAUCUGAAAUUGUCAUACGACAUAAAACUUCAUUGUGCCUUUUCGUAUGUGUUCAAUAUGGACGUGUGAUCCUCAUCUCUCUAGUUCUCAGUGACCGUGUCAAAUCUAGGAUUCAUUUUUUCUUCAAAGGAGGAAGCCUGCCAAUCAUUGCCUCCUCUUCUACAUGUAAUGCCGGAAUUAAAAUUCAGAUAUAGAAAUAGAGAUAUAAAUCUAUAUGUCAGAUAUUCUUUAAUAUAAUGUUAUUAGAGAUGAGCGAACUUACAGUAAAUUCGAUUCGUCACGAACUUCUCGGCUCGGCAGUUGAUGAC